AUGUUGGACUUAAAUAUAGACGAUUUGCCUGAAAUUUGGCCAAUUUUUAAGAUAUCAACGAAUAGUGAUUUAAUGGACACAGCCCAAACUCCAAGACUUUUACAAUAUGUGGUAGACCCCGACUUAGAAAACUGGAAUCCCAACGGUGAACAGGAAAUAAGUAGGUUAUACGGCUCAAAGCGAUGUGCUCGCUGCAAUACCCCAAUCUCUGCUUCGGAACUAGUGAUGCGUGCUCGGGACCUGGUGUUCCACGUGCACUGCUUCUCAUGUGCUCUAUGCAGCACCCCACUGAACAAAGGAGACACCUUCGGCAUUAGAGAUUCAGCAGUUUACUGCAGGCUGCACUAUGAGACCAUGCCGGACUACGGCGCACACAUGGCCGUACCAGGCCCACCACAGAUGUGUCCAGUGCCCUACGCUGCGGGGCCCGCACCUGGACCUCACUACCCCCCGUACCCUUCCCCAGAGUUCGCUCGCGUGGACAAUGAUGUUCCUAAAGGUCCGUUCUUCAACGGCUCCACAGCGCCCCCUCCCCGACAAAAAGGACGACCCCGAAAAAAGAAGCCCAAAGAUCAGGAACUGAUGGCUGCAAACUUAGAAAUCGAUCGUAUAACCCCAUUUUUUACUUGCUUCCAGUUGGAUCUCAAUCCGGAGUACCUGGAACUUGGGUUCCGGGGCGGUGCUGGACUGGGCUCAUCUUCGCGCACCAAGCGGAUGCGUACCAGCUUUAAACAUCACCAGCUAAGAACAAUGAAGUCAUAUUUCGCGAUCAACCACAAUCCAGACGCUAAAGAUCUGAAGCAACUGAUUGUAGCCAAGGAGACAUCUCUUUUUGCGAACGAAAUUUGCUUUGGUGUCAAUGUGUCUACAGUUAUAUCAGUUAUGGCACUCAAAAAGGCAGUUUGGUUCCAGAAUGCCCGGGCCAAGUGGAGGAGGAUGGUGACCAAACAGGAGAGCAAGCUCUCCGACAAAUGCUCCCCAGAUGCUUCUCUCGAUAUGGACCUAUACCAUGGUCAAAUGGGGUCGAUUCAGUCGUUGCCACCUCACAGCCCACCAUACAGCGUAAUGGGAGGCCCACCGAGCCCGAACUCCAUGGAUUGCCCCUAGCCUUCAUUGAGCGCCUUAUGAGCGCCAUAAACCUUAAUCCGUGUGGUACGCCAAGCCGCACUAUGCGGAGGGGUGUGCCAGCUGCCUCCUACGAGGCAAACUUUAUCACGACGACAACAAUCAAAACAGAGAAUAAAAACAAAAACAAUAGACAAUCGAAACAGACAUGUUUCAGAACUACUUGUUCGUCGAAUUUAUUCCCAUCAACAAUUUAUUCCAAAUCCGGGUUCUCCAGAAAUUUCACAGUAUCAGAAAUACGAGCAACUUGAUGAAAUGGAAUUAAAAGUAGAACCUGAUAAGUAUAGUCCAACUCCUUUUGCAAUGCCAAAUUUACCCCUAAAUUCUCCCACUUUUGGGGAAAUCGUUAAUCGUAACUCUACUUGGCAAAAUUUUAUACAACCCACUCAGGAACAAACAUUGUCAAGUCCAAUUCGACAGAAUAAUCUUCAAAGUUAUCAGGGUAGUUACAAUGAGCAAAGUCCUCACUCUUUUGACAAUUAUAAAAUGUUUAGUUCUUCUCCAAGUUCUUCACAUCCCAAUCCUGAAUCAGGGAUGAUAGGACAAGAUAAUGAAUAUUUCUCACGUAUAAACGAAACUCCAUGGCAGCAACAGUUUCAUGUCAGUCCAGCAAACCAAGUUCUAACUUCACAAUUUUCAUUUCAGAACCAACGUCCCCAAAAUGUAACUCAACAGUACCGUUAUCCCCAACUUGAAUCAUAUUAUGAGCGAACUCCUGACAAUUUGUCAAGACAAUCUACCGUAAAUUUUGGAUUUGAACAGAUGAGAUCGCAGCCUAUUAUAAAUAGGACAGCACAAGAACCCCUUUUUGAUCAAACCAUUCCACAAAAGCCUAUAUAUGAGCAAUUUUCUGAAGACGUUUCCUAUAGGCAAGCUGUAGUAAACCGAAGCUUUGGGUUGGUAAACCAACAUCCUACCCAAUACCACCAAGUUCAUUAUCCAUAUCAGCAAGUACAAUCUGAUUUUUAUAAUACUAACAAUCCUGUGUACGAACCAAGCUCUGAAGCCCUCGCAAUCAGACAAGAUUAUUUACGAGCCCAAUUGGCAAAUACUUCUUUACCCACCCAGACUGAUUUUAGUCAAAUUUUUCAAGACCCUUGUAUAGGUAAUUCUUUGCCGUUUCAAGGCCAACAAUUUUCUGAUGCGCGAAGUCAUCAACCUCUUUAUGGCUUAACCCCCCAGCCCUCAGCUUUUGUUGAACCUCAACAAUCUGUUUGCGAACAAAACUCACAUAUGUUUCAUGGGCAAAUUCACGAACAAGCAGUUUCCAGACAUGGACGUGCAGGUAUAUAGCAACUCUUAUGAGCAGUGUCAAUAAAUUGAUGAAUCAGUGUGUUAGUGAAAUACUGUUAUUGCCAGAAGUGAAAAAUACUGUGAAUAGACGUUAUUUUUCUACAUACAAACAUAACUAAUAAUGUUUCCUGUGCAGUGUAUUGUUAAAUUAUUGUAUAUCGACAUUGUAAGUAAUAGAAGUUGAAUAAUAAUCAGGAAAUUGUUUUUGGUGUAAAUAUUUGAAAAAUAGUAUACCAAACAAAGUUGGAAUAUUUUUGUAAGUGAUGAACUAAAAAUAUAUUGUGUUUAAUUAAUCAAAGGACACUUGCGUCCAACCAAUUUAGUUACUUUGCUUGUUUCAUCAAAAAUGAAAUGCAUUCCACUAAGUUUAUUGUAUUGGGAACAUUGAAAAAUGCUCUUUUUCCUGCAUAUUGGCUGCGAGUCAACAAAUUCGAAAUUGCAUUAACCACUGAAGAUUCCCAGGUACUCGCAUUUAUUAGUGAGUUUCAAUAAAAUAAUUAAUAUUUUGUUAAAGCAUAAUUACACGAUUCAUUAUAAACAAUAAUCGCAUUAUGAAAACUAUUUUGGUUUGUAAAUAAACAUGACUACACUAAACAUAAAUUAUUAUCGUAAAGUAUGGAGCGCUGUAAAUAUUUUUAACGAUUCAUAGACCAUAGCACCAUAGUUAUUAUAACGGUUAAUUUAACGUUUUAUCCUUUUUGAUGUACUUAUAUUUGAAUGACUAAAGACUUGUAUUGGAUCAUACACGCCACUGAAUCAGUGUAUUGAAAUUAUGAAUGAAUAAUCGCAAUAUAUCGAAUCGACUGUCGUUUAUAAACGGUUGUAUAAAUAAAUAAGUGUAUAGACUAUAAGAUGUUAGAAAACUAACCUUGUUUAAAUCAUACUGAUGUUAGUUUUCUGUUAUUUUUUUUUUAUUAAUUAUGGUUCUGUAACUCGGUUCGUUGAACCGACAGAAAAAGUUCGUUUAAUAAUAUAUUACUAUUUAUUUAUUGACAAUUUAUAUUUAAUUUAGUUUAAGUUAUAGUCUGUAGUUAGGUGACAUAAACUGAAUGUGAAUGUUUUUCCAUAGUUGUAAUAAUUAUUACCUAGCCUAGCAUAGUCAUAGAUAAAUUUAUUAGCCGGCAAAAUAAUAUUUAAUAUAAAAUCUUCAAUGAUUUGCAGUUAAACAUUUUGUUUAGAAAUUACAUUAUACAAUAUUCCUACUGUCUUUUAAGUAGUUCUAAGCAUUACUUGUUAAGUUAAAUUCCGGCUGAGUUAACGCACUUUUAGUUCCUUGUAUAGAUUUAAAUUACAUUAUAAUAAAUAAUCAACAUAAUAUAUAAAUAUACUAGUAGCUGAAACAAUAAUGUUCUUCAUAAAAAGUAGUGUCGAUCAUAAUCAAUUUUUAAUUAUACUUAUAGAGUUCUUAGUCCACAAUAACAUUUGGCAAUAUUUCGGCAACGGUUUUAAUUUUAAAACGAAAUUCCUGUGACUAAAAGUUAUAAAAAUCUGUUAAAUAAAAAAUAAUUCAACUUUA